UUAUAGGAACGUUACGGCUGAUUAUAAGAACAUUACUACUGACUUAUGCAUACUAUGACUGAGUUAUGCAUAUUUUACGGCUGAGUUAUAAUCAAAUUAUGGUUGAGUUAUUCAUAUGUUUUGGCUGAGUUAUGUCACUCUAUAGUUUAGGGUUUGAGGUUCAAUUUUAAAAAAAUAUUUAAAGUUUUAAUAUUGUUUUCAGAGUUGAAGGAAUGAUUUUGUUUCCGCCCAAAAUACAAAACAUCGUGCGUUAUGGCUGAGUUAUGGUUACUCUAUAGUUUAGGGUUUGAUGUUCAAAUUUAAGAAAACAUUAAAGUUUUAAUAUUAUGUUCAGAGUUGAAUGACAUAUUUUGUUCCCGCCCAAAAUACGAAACGUCACAAAAAAAUAUUACACUUGACGGCUAACUUAUAAGAACGUUACGGCUGACUUAUGCAUACUACAUAUGAGUUAUGCAUACUUUACUAUUGAGUUAUAAUCACAUUAUGGUUGAGUUAUGCAUAUAUUAUGGCUGGUUAUAGUUAUUCUAUAGUUUAGGGUUUGAGGUUCAAAUUUAAGAAAAUAUUUAAAGUUUUAAUAUUGUAUUCAGAGUUGAAUGAAUGAUUUUGUUCCCGCCCAAAAUACAAAAUGUCGAGAAACAAAUUACACUUGACAGCUGACUUAUAGGAACAUUACAGCUGACUUAUACCAUUCAGAUACGUUACGGCUGAGUUAUGCAUAAUUUACGGCUGAGUUAUGCAUAUGUUACAGCUGAGUUAUAAUCAAAUUAUGGUUGAGUUAUGCAUGCAUUAUGACUGAGUUAUGGUACUCUAUAUAGUUUAGGGUUUGAGGUUCAAAUUUAAGAAAAUAUUAAAGUUUUAAUAUUGUGUUCAGAGUUGAUGGAAAGAUUUUGUUCCCGUCCAAAAUACGAAACGUCGCGAAACAAAUUACACUUGACGGCUGACUUAUGCAUACAUUACAGUUGAGUUAUAAUCAAAUUAUGGUUGAGUUAUGCAUACAUUAUGGCUGAGUUUUAUGGUUACAAUACGACUUUGUUAUAAUCAAAUGUUGAGUUAUGGUUACAAUACGACUUUGUUAUAAUCAAAUGUUGAGUUAUGGUUACAAUACGAAUUUGUUGUAAUCAAAUGUUGAGUUAUGGUUACAAUACGGCUUUGUUAUAACCAAGUCCACCAAAAAAGCUUAUAACAGGCUCAAGAUUCAUCAUCCAAACUUAAAUUGAAUUUAUAAACCAAAAAGACGACUCUAUAGAUUAGGAAUCAAGAGAAAAAUCAGUCGCAUAAAUAACAUAGAUCUAAAAACUCAAAAAUCUGACACAGAUCUAUUGCAGUGGUUGUCGUUUUGAUCGUGGUCGGUAAAAGAAUGAGCUUUCUCUCCUACAGUGUCAUGUAUGGCGACCCGACAUCUUACUGCUCCCUCUCUCAUCGGAUUCGUCGUUUUGCAGAAGAAGAAAGAGUUAAAGUGAGAGAGAUGAAGAGACUAAGUCCCAUCGAUUGUAAGAAAAUGAGAGAAGAUUUUUGGCCUUUAGAUUUCAUUUAAUCAAUGACCAUAAAUUGUGAUCUUUGGAAAAGAAAGAUUAUCCAAUGAAAAAAAAAGGUGAGGAUAGACAAAAAGAUAAUUUUGAACUCUUAGAUUAAAUUCAAUCACUGGUCAUGAAAAAACAAUAUAAAUUGUAAUUUAGUUCUUUUCAAUUUGUUUUAAAAACUGCUUAAAUUUAAAGAAUGUAAUUAUGGGUUUAAAUCAAAAUUUAAAAUGGAAUUUAAAAAUUAAUGAUUUUUUUUAAAUGAUUAAAUUUGAGUUUAACUCUAAACUAUAAACCUAAACUUUAAACCUAAACCUUAAACUUUAAAUAAUAAAAAUAUCAGAUUUAAUAAUCAAAGAUAAACUUUAUAAUUUUUAUAACUUUAUAAUUCUAUAGUUUAGGAUUUGAGGUUUAGAUUUAAGAAAAUAUUAAAGUUGGAGUUUUCUAAGUAAGAAUUGUAUAAGUGAUUGUAAGAGAACAUAUAUCUCAUGAUCAAGUUAAAGUCUCAACCUGAAAAUUCAAGAAACUAUACAUAUUCAGUUGAUUUAUAUUCACUUGAUAUUGAUAAGAUGAUCUUCAAUAUAAUUUUUUUUAAGUAUUUGAAUUGAGUUUUUCUAUUUUAGGGUAUGUUUGAGAUAUGAUUGAGUUAUAUAAACGAUAUGGCUGAGUUAUCUAAAUGACACGGCUGAGUUAUAUAUAUAUUUUCUGAUUUUAGGGUAUUUUUGAGGUAUGGCUGAGUUAUAUAAACGACACGGCUGAGAUAUAUAAACGACACGACUGAGUUGUGUAAAUAUAGCAUAACUAAAAUACAAAAUACAUGGGUGAGUUAUGUUUUUACAUAGAAAACCAAAAAUACAGGUUUCCUGAACCAUCCCGGUGAUAACUCCUCCAUGUCUCCAAGCUUCAUUGAAUUCCUUUGUGUCGUCUCUGCUGAGUCCGUCAUUUAUUUCCGUCUCUUCCGUUCUCUUCUUGUUCAAUCUUCUCUUUUAGUUAGAUCUGGAAAUUGUUUUUUUAUAUUAUCCAAAUAUGGAUAUCAAAUCACAAACAAACUUAAAUGAAUACAUCCCAUAAUUACUAAUUUGGGUAUUUUUUGGAAUAUAGUUGUCUUUUCUCCUCGGAAUGCACAUUUCUUAUAGCUAGGUUUUGGAGAUUGGGAAGAAAUAACUCAGCCACAACUGCAUAUAUAAACCAGCCAUAAAAGAAAAGUAACUCAGCCACAACAUAAAUUAAAACUCAGCCACAAACUCGAAAAACUCAGCAGAGAAGAUGAUUUCAGGCUAUUGUAGCGAAGAAGAUUUCGUAGAAACGCUUGCGGAGAAGACGAUUUCGGUGAAGACGUUAUCAAAGAAGACAGUUCGAGAAUUUCGAACGAAAAACAACAAUAUCGACUAAAAAUAUUAGGGUUUAAGCGACAAACAAUGAAACUUGUGAUUUUUUUUCUAACAUAGUUUAGUUACAAAAACGAUUCAUUGUCUUUUUUUUUUGAUCAAAAUAAUUACAAUUAUUAAUAACGUGGAUACAAUAAUUAGUGGUAAGAAUUCAUUGUUUAAAAGUAAUCUCAAUUAAAAAAAACUAACUAAGGUCUUAGUUGUAAUUUACAAAAAGUAUACCAACAUUCUAAUAAUUUUUAAAAGAUGUAUGUUAUUUUAGUCAUAUCUUAACGUUUCCAUAAGAUUCUAGUAAUUUUCUCUUAAUCUUUUUUUUUUUCUUUCUUAACUCAUUUUUUAAAUGGUGACAUGUAUCUCAUCUGGAUACAUUUUUUUCCAGUUUGAAAAAAUUCAAACCAUUUGAAUCAACGUAGUCGCUUUGAUUUUGUCAACAUGUUUACCGUAAGAAUCCAAUAACUGAAUUAAAAAAUUCAAAAGAACCAUCGCACAUGGUCUUAUUAGUUGCUAAAAUUUUUGUGAUCUUUAAUCUCAUCUUAAUUACUCCCUCUGUUUGUAAGGAGUUUUAGAAAAAAAAAUAUUUAUUUCACAAUAUAAGAUAUUUUUAGAGCCCAAAGCAAUAAAACAAUCUAAAUAACAACAUUCCACUAAAUGAAUGCGUGCAAAAAACUUUUUAUAUUGCAACUUCAGAAAAGGUUAAAGGUUCUUAAUAUCCGUGCUUUUAAGCAAAAUAACUUACAUAACGAAACAGAUGGAGUACUUUUUUUUUUUUUUUGGUCAAAAACAGAUGGAGUACUUAAGAUUAGUUAUUUAGUAGGAAAUCAGUUUAUUUUAAAAAUUUAAUACUGAAACUUAUCAUUUUAUGGUUCAUAAAUAAAAACUUAUUCAUUUAUUUUGGACACUGAAAAGGUUUUUUUCUGUAAUUUUCAUUAUUUUAUGUUAAGCUCUUGUUUAUAUAUUCAAACAUAUUUUAGUGAAAGGAAUAAAAACAAUAAACUUUUUAACUUCCAAAAUUUUACUAUUUAUGUUUAUAAUUGCCAAAAUCCUAACAAUUGUCAAAUUUUGAAUCAAUUUUUCAACCAACUCUUAAAUAUAUAUACAUACCAUUAUGAUUUUCACCAAUUUUUCUUAUACCAUUUAUUAUAAACGAUUAUGAACGAUCAAUGAUGCUAUAUUUAUAUCAUCUACACUUUAUCGUUCUAUUCUAACAUGUACUGAAAAUAUUUCAAAUGCUGGAGAAAUUAAGUUUCAAGAAUUUUCUACACAAAUGGAUAUUGUACAUCGUUGUUGGAAAAAAGAAGAAUCAUAUUAUAGUAAAAUUUUUGAGUAUUGUGAUGAACAUUGCUCAUUUAAUCAUUUUGUGAUGGAACUCCGUGCAAAAAUUAUUACAACUACAUGAUAAAAUAUUGGAUAAAAUAUCCCGGACCUUCGGAACUUUCUAUUUGAUUGUAUCGAAAGGCCUAAUGAAUUGAGAUUUUCCUAUUUGGCCGGGUCAUUUCGGGGCAAACGGAUCAUUUAUGAUGACAAGUAUGAUCUUCAUGAGAAUGAUUCGAAGUUCUUGUAGAGCGAAACCAUGCAGUACCAAAGACGAGAUAUAUGUUUCAAAGAACAAAGUUUUUUUAUAAUAAGCCAAUUCAUUUGGGAUCCUGCAGAUCUACUCUUUUUCUUAUUCAAUGUUCAGACUUUUGUCUUUGUGUUUUCACAUCGAGAAUUCUUUGCAAAUGAAGAGAUGUCAAAGCGGCUUCUUACUUCCCAAACAGAUCCUUCUACACAUAUAUAUAAACACUGGUUUAUCAAAAAUACGCAAGAAAAGCACUUCGAAUUGUUGAUUCAACGACCCUAAAGUAUGCUUUUUGUACCUGGUUAGCCUUUCACAACAGACUGUUUACAGGUGAUCGUAUGGCUACUUGGAGCAAUGGAAUAAGUUCUUUAUGCAUCUUCUGCCACCAAGAGACUGAAACUCGUGAGCAUAUCUUCUUUGAUUGUGCUUACCCUGCGACAGUGUGGUCGCUAUUGGCAAGAGGACUUCUUGGCAUUCGGUUUACUACGGCCUGGGGAGACCUUUCUCAACUUAUAGUUGACACAAUAUUGGAUUAAAAAUCCAGAAUUUUGCUGCGCUACACUUUUCAGAUCACUCUUUACUCUAUUUGGAGAGAACGAAAUGAUAGACGUCACAGAGCAACACCUAUGGUCGCAGGUUCCUUGGCCAAGAUGAUAGAUAGAGGGAUUCAGAACUGUGAUUAAUGGUCUCUGCUACGGAUCAUCGACACUCUGAAGCUCUACUGCAACGAUGCCUCGCCUAAAGGGUGUAGGAUUUAUCUGUUCAAGUUCUUGCUUAUUUCGAUUUCUAAAAAUUAGUUAAAUCAAAUGAGUUAUAUUUGAUGUACAAAAGUUUGUUUUUUUUUUAAUAAAUUUUAUAAAUAUUCUAAAAAAAAUUGGAUAAAAAAAUUGGGACUUACGAUAAUACUAAGAGUAUGUAAAAAGCGGAUAACCGGAGAUUGAUGUAUUGGCUCUUAAAAUAGUUAUAAGAGAGACCGUGAGAGUGAGGCAAUUUGACUUAAAUUCUAUCACAUGGGGAGGGAUGCAACAAGAAAAAGUUAAAGGCUGUAACUGGUUAUUCCUAAUAGGAAUACAUGGAAUAAAAGGAAUAAUUAUAUGUGGAAUGGGAAAAAUUGGAAUGAUAAACAAAAUGGAAUAAAAACUGAAAUUUGUUUUGGAAUUGGAAUUCCAAUCAUCCCACACAUUCACGAUCAUUUUUGAUCUGGAACAAAUGGAAAAGAUUUUACAAAGGAUUUGUUUUUAAGUUUUAUUCCAUUUUUGGAAUAUGUGGAAUUGAUUUCAAAAAGUUUUCCAUGUAACUGGUAAAUAUUUUUUGUAAUUCUGUGAAAUGAUGCAUUCCAAACAAUUCUAUUCUAAAAUUUAGCAUUCCAGUUGCAGCCAAAAUAAGUAAGGACACAAUCUUGGAAACAUCUAAUAAAGAGUAGAAUAAAUUCAAACAAUUAAUGAGUAAGAAUGUUAGGGUCAAAUAUCGAUCAUAGAUAUAUCAAUGACAAAAAUCACUUAAACAUGACAAAGCGUAUUGUCCACAUAACUGAGCCGGAAACGUUGUGAGAAUAAUUCCGCAUAUGCCGUGCCGAUUCAAACGACAAUAAAUCAGAACAGACUACAUAUAUUUAUUCCCAAAAAGUGAAUAAGUUAUCUACCGCAUGCAUAAGAAUUAUUCGUUAUUAUAUAUACUUUAUAAAAAACCCUAUGUAAUAAAUAAAUAAAAAGGAAUCUAAUUAUGUAAAGUCAAAAAUAGAUAAUCUAUCUAUUUAAUCAGUCUAUACGUGAAAUGAAUGUUAUAGUUGCAACGGUCAAUGCUAGCAUUGCCAAGACCUGUCCAUCUAUGAUGAUGUAUCCCAGUGCAAGGCCCGAGUCUAUGGAUCUGGGUCGUAGAACUAGAAGAUCUGCUUUCUACUUCAUGGUUCUGUUCUUCCUUGAAACGUUCAACGGUCAAAUUUUUCACCUUGCUAAGACCGAACAGCUUGCAAAUUAAGACCUAAUAAACUUCUGCUCAUUGUACUCACUCGUAAAACUUUGACCGACCACUUGCAAAAAUAGUAGUAUAAAUAUGGUUUUAUUAUUUUAAAAAACCCUCAGAAAACUAUAAUCUCUCAAAUUCAAUCUUUAUUUUGUUGAGAUUGCUUCACACAAGAUGGGCUUUACAUGGGGAAUGAGACUACGUGGAGCUAGCAAGAAGAAGAUAGCUCCGGUAAUGAGUUGGUCGGAAUCGACAUCGGAGCCGGAUAUAACGAUUCCGCCGGAGUUUCAAUGCCCGAUCUCAAUCGAUCUCAUGAAAGAUCCGGUGAUAAUCUCCACAGGCAUUACCUACGAUCGCACAAGCAUCGAAAAAUGGAUCGAUUCAGGGAACAACACGUGUCCUGUCACGAACACGGUCUUGACCACUUUCGAUCAGAUCCCGAACCACACGAUUCGCAAGAUGAUCCAAGGAUGGUGCGUGGAGAUUGGUUCUUCGUUGAUUGAGCGGAUCCCAACGCCACGUGUUCCUUUGAUGCCGUGUGAGGUCUACGAGAUCUGUAGAAAGUUAUCCUCUGCUACGCGGCGUGGGGAUUACGAGAAAUGCGAGGAGAUUAUUUGGAGGAUUAAGAAGUUGGAGAAAGAAAGCGAAAAAAAUAGAAAUUGUAUUAUCGAAAACGGCGUCGCAUUGGUUUUGUGUGAUUGUUUCGAGAAGUUCUCGGCAGACGAGAAAUCAACGUCUCUCUUGGGAAAGAUUUUAUCUCUGCUGACGUGGAUGGUUCCUAUUGGGUGGGAGGGUUUAACGACACUGGCGUCUGCGUCGUCGUUUCGUUGCAUCGCGGGUUUCUUGAGGAGCAAGGACGAUACAGUUCGUGAAAACGCUGCGUUUUUGUUGAAGGAGAUUCUGUCGUUGGAAGAAACGCAAGUUCACGCGUUUGCGGAGGAGAACGGAGUCGCGGCAGCGUUUUUUAAACUGAUCCGCGAUUCGGUUUCUUCUAACGCAACGAAAUCUUCGUUGAUAGCGGUUUCUCAAAUGGUCUUGGCAAAGCCCGAGAUCGCGUCUGUGUUUCUCGAAAUCGGUCUUGUGAAUCAAACGGUGGAGAUGAUCAUUGAUGGUGAGAAUAGCGUUUGCGAGAAAGCGUUGGCGGUUCUAGACGCGGUUUGCGAAACCAGCGAAGGGAUAAAGGAAGUGAGGAAAAACGCGUUGGUGAUGCCGCUUUUGGUGAAGAAGAUUCUUAAGGUCUCUGAACAAGGGACGGGGAGCUCAGUUUCAGCCAUUUUGAAGCUGUGUAAAGCAGGGAAGGCGUCCACGGUUGAAGAAGCGGUGCGUUUGGGAGCGUUUCAGAAGAUGUUUUUGGUGUUACAGGUUGGGUAUGGAGAAGAGACCAAGGAGAAAGCGACAGAGUUGUUGAAGAUGAUGAACACACAGAUGAAACUAAUGAGUGAUGAUGUUGAUUCUUCAAUGGAGUUUAAGUAUCUCAAAAAGCCAUUUUGAAGUAGAUAAAUUGUAUAAAGACCAACCACAUUCUUUGCAAAUCAGAGAUAUGAUCAUUUUGAAAAUGAAGAAGAUAGACCAUUGUGAAUUUAUAUAAAAUCUAAAUAAUGUUUUCUAAAAAAGCAUAAAUGAAUGGGAAGAGACUGCAGGGACAACAAGAAUAACAAAUAAUUUUAUAUAAAACCCAAUAAUGCUUUAAAAAUACAGUUGCCAAGGUUAUCUUUCAUAAACGACAAAUUAGGAUUCAACUUAUAACCAUACAAACAUUGAACGAGGAAUCGUGGGUACUGGUUAGCUUCAAGUGUGAUAGUUUGAGUUAAUGUGAUGCAUAAGCUAUCCUUAAUAAUUAGGUUAUGUUCUCUUCUAAUGUAUUUGUAGGUGAAUGUUUCCACUUUCACUAUAAAUGAAAUUAUAAAUAUAACUUUCAUUGGAAUUAUUGUGUACUAUUUACUUCAAAGUUUACUGGUAUGGGAUCUGCAAGACAGUCCGUGCUUGGAAUGCCAAAGUAGCAUACAUUGGUCGACCUGCAGAUUUCAACUACGACUGCAACACCUUGGGACUGGGUCUGAUACAUUCAAGGAAAUCGCUGAGGGACGUCAGCCGUUGGCGCUAGGCUUUUCAACAUAACGGACAAAGAUGCUAUACUCUCUGCUGUUAACUAUCUCCUUCUGUACGCUGCUCAGGCAGCUGAUCUUGAUCUUGGUCUCAUUCAACAGUCUGCUAAAGUUAUCUACUUGAUGGGAGCAGACGAUGCAAAUGUUUUCUUACAUCAUACUUGGAUGCUUAUCUUGUUCUUUUCUUUCUUGUGUGAUGAAUAAGCAUAUAAUAUUCGAGAAAAGCAUUCUGAUAUGUCCUUAAAUCCAAAAACAAAAAGCAUUGAUCUCCGUUAACCGAACAAACUACCAACAUUCAUAUGAAGAAUACCGCCCUCCAGCUCUGCUAGGAGGCUCAUAAGGACUCGGUUUGUAUCUAUAGGCUCUUCCCUCAUUAUGUACGGUCUCAUAGCUCCAUACCUAUCACUUUCACUUCUUGCGUAUCUGUCCCUGUCAUAUUCAUCCUUAUGAUCAUGAUUGUCAGGAACCCGUUACUCCGAUAUAAGUUUGGGUUUAUUUCAGUUUCAGUUUAAAAAUUCAGUAAAACCUUAGUUUUUUGGAUAAAAUAUCGAUUUUUUUUAAUAUUCUGAAUAAUAAAUAUUUGAGUAAUUUAAUUCUUUCGGGUAAUUUGGAUAAUUAGAGUUUUCGAAAUUUUUGGUGACCCAAAGAGGAAACAAUUUCUGUAAUAUUCCCUUUAUUUUUGAAAUACUUUGGCCUAAAUUUGAUGAAUUUAAAAAGUUAAUGUCAUAACUAAUAUUUUGUUAUUGUUUAUAUAUUUUUCUUGUUUUUGUUAAUUUUACUAAACUUGAGUUUUGUGACCAAAAUUUGAAAAACAAUUCUGUUAGAUUUGUUUUUCAUUGGUUUCAGUUUGAUGUAAAGUGAAAAAGAAUAUCAUAAAAACAUUUUUCUUUUUGAUGGCGUAGAUCUGGGUAUUCAGCUUUUGGUUCGGGGGCAUUUCAAAUUUUUGGUCCUAGAAACAUUGAGCUAUUAUGUUAUUUAUGAAUUUUUGUUCGGUCAAAUAUGUUAGAAACUGAUUAAUAUCUACUAAAAUUUUGGGUCCAAUUCGGUUCUUUUCGGAUAAUUCAAAUUUUAAUUUUUCAGAUAAAAUUAGAUUAUUUAAUUUUUUUUCAGAUAAAAUAUCGGAUAAAUUAAAGAUAAAAAUAUUUUUGGAUAAUUAUGUUUUUUUUCAGAUAAUUCAUAUAUUUUAAAUAUUCUGAAUAAAAUGUAUUUGGUUAGAAAAAUCAUGUGCCAAACCAAACCCAAAUAAUAAAAUAACUUUAGUUGAUUAGUAAGGGUUUUAUUGGUUUUCCGCUAGCACUUGCAUACAUAGCUUUUGUGGUUGGUAGCGGUUAUUGGCGUUUUGUAACAAUCACAAAAAAUGUUAUAUAUCGCUUCAAAGCACUCCAAACCUUUUAAAAUCAAAAAGUAGUUUCCGCUAACGAUUGUGGUUGGAUAAAUAAAUAUACAAAUAUUUUUAAAAUAUAUUAAAUUUUAGAUUAAAAUCUUAAAACUGAAAUAUUAAAAAUAAAAAUACACAUACAUUUUAUAUUUUAAUUUAAAUUCACAAAUAUUAUUAUAAUCUAUUUUAUAAAAAAUUUAAACGAAGAAUAUUUACUAUAAUUUUAAAACAUUAAAACAUUAAUAUAUAUACAUAUGCAAUGAUAUGUACAUGUAUAAAUUAAAAAUUCCAAUGUAAAUCUUCAAAACAAUUUUUUUUGAAAUUAUAACAUCCCCACUAAAUAAAAUAAAAAAUAAAUAAAUGUAUUAUUUUAUUAAUUAUAUUAUAUUAAUAAUUAUAAUAUUUUAUCAUAAUUGUAUGUUUUGAUUUUUAUAAUAUUAUAAUGUGUUAGUAUUGAUAAUUUAUGGUUAAACAGCUAUAGUAUUUCAUAAUCAACAGCUGUACGAGUUUAAUGACACAAGAAAAAGCAACCAUCCACUUCUUUGGCAACCCCGCAUCAGUGACCGCUGCCUUUCAACUAGUUAGCCCUAAACCAACUGAGACUUCUUUCCUAUAUAUAAUACAAAAAAAAGAAAACAUUCAUCACAGCUUUCCAAAGUCCAAAAGCACAGUUUCGUACAAGAAACCAACCUUGCAUCUUGCAAUUGAUCCAAAAAUGGAGAAUAUACUGGGUCUUCUGAGAAUUCAUGUGAAGAGAGGUGUGAAUCUCGCCAUUAGAGAUACCUCAAGCAGCGAUCCUUACAUCGUCUUUUACUCAGGAAAACAGAAGCUUAAAACCCGUGUAAUCAAACAUAGUAUAAACCCCGAAUGGAACGACGAGCUUACUCUUUCCGUUACAGAUCCAAAUCUCAGUGUUAAACUUACGGUUUACGACAAGGACUUGUUCUCAGCGGAUGACAAGAUGGGAGAAGCAGAGUUUAGCAUUGCUCCAUAUCUUGAAGCCAUUAAACUACGCCAUAAGCUUGAAGGACAACUUCCCAACGGAACCAUAAUAAUGAAGGUACAACCGACCAGACAAAACUGUUUGUCUGAAGAGAGCCAUAUUUUGUUGAACCAAGACAAGCUUGUGCAGAAUAUGUUCCUUAGACUCCAGCACGUGGAGUGUGGAGAGGUCGAGCUACAGCUCGAGUGGAUUGAUGUUCCCGGUUCAAAGGGUUUUUAAGUCUAUCCGAUCCGAUCCUUAGUCCCUUAUGCAUACAUGGUUUAGAAAUUAGAACUACGGCGUUGUUCGAAACUGGUCAGUGAAAGGAUCUCAAACUGGUUAUGUAAUGAACUCUUUUGUGUUUUCUGUUCUAAUUUGAGUCCAAGAGCGUGCAAGUCCAUGAGGAA